AAGACUUUCAGCACUUAACAUAUAAAUUUGUUCGAUGGAUGCAUUAAUUUUCUACAAGAUUGGUCACCCCGGUUUUGAGUGUGGACAUUUAUAUGUUUGAAACAAUAAGAUUUUGUGCAGUCACAUACCUAUAUUUUGAAAUAUUUGUAUGCAGUUUUGGAAGUGCCAACUCGCUGGAAAUGUGUGAAUUUCGACUGUUAUCGGCUAUUAUUCACACACACUGACUCACACCUUAUUCAGCCCCAACGAAACUAAAUUUUCCAUCUCUUUAUGGACCCCGUUGAUUUAAGAUAAAAGCUCGCGUCAAGGAAACAGUGCAAUAAGAAAAGAUGACCUCGUACGUGCGCGCCAUGUACGACUUCAGCGGCGAGCCCGGCUCGUCGGAGCUCUCCAUCAACACGGGCGAAGUGUUGUCGGUGACGCGCAGUGAUGUGGGUGAAGGCUGGUGGGAGGGCAAAAACAGUCGCGGACAAGUGGGGCUCUUUCCAGCGGCCUACGUGGAGGUGCUGUCGGCAGCGGAGGCCCAAAAACUGAGUGCAGCCACUGCCACUCCGGUGCCCCCGGUGGCGGAUCCCUUUGCAGCGCCAGCUCCGCCGCGCUACGACCAGACGGCCGACGACGAUGGCAGCAAUUGGGACGACGAGGAUGACUGGAGCGAUGACAACGAUACAUACUCAGAGAUUGGACCCAGUGGCCGCGCCGCUGGCCAAGCAGCUCGCGCUGGCGGCCUCACGCACUCCACCAGCGACUACGAUAACAAGCACCUACCUGUUGCGCCCAGCGACGACACCCUGUCGCUGGCGUCCACCGCUGCCAGCACGGCCACCAUGAAGAAGGGCAUGUUCGCCAAGAGCUCCGACUCGUACAUACUCGGCCUGUCCAGCAACAAAGAGAAAAUUCCCGACUGCGAAGUGGCGUACAUCACACAGCUGGAGGACUCCAUUUAUCAGUGGACGCACAGCGGUUCGCCCUACUCCGUGAUUGUGGCCAGCCCCAAGAAGGAAUCAAAAUUCAAGGGAAUGAAAACGUUUAUUGCCUACCAGCUGACGCCUAGCUUCAAUAACAUAUCCGUGUCGCGUCGCUACAAGCACUUUGAUUGGCUGCACGAACGACUGGUGGAUAAGUUCUGUUUGAUCCCAGUGCCACCGCUACCGGACAAGCAGAUAUCUGGACGAUAUGAGGAGCAGUUUGUGGAGCAUCGACGCGUCCAGUUGCAGGAGUUCGUUGACUGGGUGUGCCGCCAUCCGGUCAUCUCGAAGUGCGAGGUGUGGUAUCAUUUUCUCACCUGCCGGGACGAGAAGAUCUGGAAGUCGGGCAAGCGUAAGGCCGAGAGGGAUCCCUAUGCGGGCGUCAAUUACUGCCUGGCCAUAUCGCCGCCGGACAAGAAUCUUCUGCACUCGAAAGUGGACGCCCAGCUGGACAGUGGAACGCAGUUCAUACACAGCAUGGAUGCGGCCGUGCGCAACCUCAACAGCAUUUCCAAUGACAUGGCCAAGCGGUCCAUGUCGCAGAGCAAAAAGGAAUUCCAGCGCAUUGGCGAUGGUCUCUCCGAGCUGGCCAAGGCCCUGGCGAUUGAUGAGCGACGAGCACCCACCCGCAAUGCUGUCCCGCUGUCCGAGAGCGUGGGACGCAUUGGCGGCAUCUUCAUUGGCGUUGGCCAGGCGUUCGGUGAUCAGCCCAAGCAGGAUUGGAUCCCACUCUCCGAUCGUUUGCACAUCUACAGGGGCGUUCUGAGCUGCUUUCCGGACAUCUUCUCCACGCACAAGGGAGCCAUACAGAAGCGCAAGGACUGCGAGCGAUCGACGGCCGAGGGCAAGAUGAGCAAUGCCCAGCUGCAGGACGUGAACAGGCGCACGGAUGUCGUCUCUUACACGGUGCUGGCCGAACUGACGCACUUCAAAGCCGAACGCGACACCCACUUGAAGCAAACACUCAAGAACUUUAUUGCGGAGCAGAUCAAGUUCUAUCAGACUGUGGUGGCGCGUCUGCAGGAAGCCAAUCGACAGAUUGAAUAGUCCACACCACGAAGCGUGGAUCGGGGAACAACAAAAGAAACAAAGAAAUGCACGCAGAGCACAAAUUCCGAAAACAUUCGCACGCGCGCAUUUGAAAUGCUUUAAGGAUAAAUAAAUCUAAAUUAAACGCGGUUUAAACGAUAAACGUGAGAUAUUCAAAUAGGUGUUGUUUGUAAGUAAAAAGUUGCGUAUUUAUAUACACACACGCACACACAAGUUAAAGUUUAUACUACGAGUAACCUAUCCCUAUUAUACACCUCCGAUUAAUUGAAAUACAAAUGCAAAUAUAUAUACAUUUAUA